CCUCAGGGAUGGCUCUUCAGGAUGUGUGCAAGUGGCAGACUCCUGACACUGCCAGACCAUCCGUUCACUUGCCUCAGGCCAGUGGCUGGGCUGUACCCCGGGGCUGUGACCCUCAAACCUUCCUGCAGAUCCAUGGACCCAGGCUGGCUCAUGGCACCACUACCCUGGCUUUUCGCUUCCGUCACGGUGUCAUCGCUGCGGCUGAUACUCGGUCCUCCUGUGGCAGCUAUGUGGCGUGUCCAGCCUCACGGAAGGUCAUUCCUGUGCACCAGCGUCUCCUGGGUACCACCUCUGGGACCUCUGCUGACUGUGCCACAUGGUACAGGGUGCUGCAGCGGGAGCUGCGGCUUCGGGAACUGAGGGAAGGCCAGCUGCCCAGUGUGGCAGGCACGGCCAAACUCUUGGCAGCUAUGAUGUCCCGCUACCGCGGUCUGGAUCUGUGUGUGGCCACUGCCCUCUGUGGCUGGGACCACUCUGGCCCUGCUCUCUUCUAUGUCUACAGCGAUGGCACUUGUCUGCAGGGAGAUAUCUUCUCAGUAGGCUCUGGGUCUCCCUAUGCCUAUGGUGUGCUUGAUUGUGGCUACCACUAUGACAUGACCAUCCAGGAAGCCUACACCCUGGCCCGCUGUGCUGUGGCCCAUGCCACCCACCGUGAUGCUUAUUCAGGGGGCUCAGUGGACCUCUUCCACGUUCGGGAGAGCGGAUGGGAGUAUGUAUCCCGCAGUGAUGCUUGCGUGCUGUAUAAGGAGCUGCAGAAAGCCCGGAGCUUGGAGCAGGAGCUGGAGGCAAAAGCUAGUGGAGUCCAUUCGGAGCCUGCCGAACCGCAAGGUGCUCGAGAAUGUAAAGAACUCUUUGUGGAGCAAGAGGAGGUGACGCCAGAAGACUGCGCGAUAAUAGUGAAGACUGAGACAAUGUAAGAAAGGACAGAACUUGGGGACUGCCAGGACAAGGGGUAGGGAAUGAGGCUGCCUUGGCAGGGUUAGUUCUGGGAGCAGCCUCGGGCAUCUGGCUCUCGCCCUUUUGGGUUUCCUGCUUUGUUUAAGUCCCCAUCCUCUCUGCUUCCCAGAGCUACUGAUGUCUCCGUCCAACAUGUUCUAAUGAUACCCAAUGGAUGGUAUAGCCUCCUUCUGCCUCUAAAGUGACUCAACAAACACUCGUUGCAUGGCUACUGUGUGCCAACUGUCAUGCUAUGUGCUGGGCCCUCUUUUGUCAUUCCACCCCAGUUGGUAUUCUCAUUUUGGUCCUUAUCUGGUUUGUUUUCUCUUUCAGCUGGUCACCUUUUCAACUUGGUCAGGCUGGACGGCCAGGAGAGAGCCUAGUUUAGUGAUGGGCUUGUCUCUGCUGGCCCUCCACACCCCGACCCCCACCAUGACUGUAAUGGCUAUAAUGAUUCCACCUAUACUGAGUGCAGUUCCCAUGACAGCUUUUGCAGGCAUGAUUGUUUAUUGAAGCUGGGUCAGGUUUAGAGAGUUACAGGACUUACCCAGGUUACAGUAGGUGACAAUGUUGUGGGGCUUAAGACACUCUUAAUCCUUCCCCAGCUCUCUGCAUCUUUCCCUCCCAGCCUCCACUGUCUUGCCUUUUUUUCUGCCUGCAUUGCAGGCUUCUGGGGAAUGGGCCAAACCCCUGCCUGUUGUCUGGAAAUGAAUGAACUCCAAGGAACUCAUGGGCUUGGAGGGGAGAGCUCAGAGAAGCUGCCCAUUCCCGGUCUCAUCUUGCUGUGUUGGCCAGGGUUUGAGCCAUGUCCUGUAGCACACACAUCCCUGCUCUCUACCCUGCAGAUCUCUCCCUGUUUCUUUGCUCCGGCCUCUCCUGGUUGUUCCUGCUGGAGAAUGAAGACCAGAGGCAGGGUGCUGUGCCUCUGGUGCCAGCUAGCACAUCUGGCCUUCCUGGCCUGCUCUGGCAUUCUAGGGAGCCUGGACUUGGACAUUCAGGAUUUGAGCUUCAGGAGCAUCACUGCCCCCUCCUCAGGGCUGGGCAUCCAGAGAAAGGGAACCCAAAGAAUUUUCCUCUCACCCGGAGCCUCCAGUCCUAAGACUGACAACUGCUUCUCCUUCCUUGACAGUGUGCAUUUCGAAUUAAGAAUUCUUU